AACUGCACAAUAGUAGUAGUAUAGUCAACCGUCUCAAGUCCGAUCGGAAGUCAUCGCCGAUCCAAAGCCAAAACAAAACAAAACAAAACCCUUGCUUUCUCCCUUUCUUCAGAAGACUUCUGAAGAAGACCCAUCAAUGGCGACCCCCAGAUCCACCCCUCUCUCUCUCCUCCUCCUCCUCCUCUCUCUCCUCCCCCUCCUCACCACCACCACCGCCACCUCCGACCUCGUCUCCGACCUCCUCAACCUCCAAUCCCAAUCCCCCGCCGGCGUCAUCCACCUCACCGACUCCCUCAUCUCCCGCCUCCUCACCUCCACCUCCCCUCCCCGCCCCUUCUCCCUCCUCCUCUUCUUCGACGCCCAACAGCUCCACGACAAGUCCGAGCUCCGCCUCAAACCCUUGAAAUCUGAAUUCUCCCUCCUCGCCUCCUCCUUCAUCCAAAACAACCCUAAUCCUAACCCUAACAAACCUCACCUCUUCUUCUGCGACCUCGAGUUCAGAGAAUCCCAGCAAUCCUUCGCCCUCUUCGCCGUCAAUUCCCUCCCCCACAUCCGCCUCGUCCCCUCCACCGCUCUCGACCUCAAAGCCGACUCGAUCCAAAUGGAAGCCGGGGACUUCUCCCGCCUCGCCGAGUCCAUGGCCGAGUUCGUCGAGUCCAAAACCCAGUUAACCGUCGGCCCCAUCCACCGACCCCCGGUCGUUUCCAAGAAACAGGUCAUCGUGAUGGUUGCUGGUUUGCUGGUCUUGAUGCCUUUCGUCAUUAAAAGAGUGGUUGCGGGCGAAACCCUUUUGCACGAUCCCAAUUUGUGGUUGGCUGGAGCUGUGUUUGUAUACUUCUUUAGUGUUUCUGGGGCUAUGCAUAAUAUAAUUCGGCAUAUGCCGAUGUUUAUGGUGGACCGUGACGAUCCGUCGAAGCUGGUUUUCUUUUACCAGGGGUCGGGGAUGCAGCUGGGGGCUGAGGGGUUUGCUGUGGGGUUUUUGUAUACUGUUGUGGGGUUGUUACUGGCUUUUGUGACUCAUGUCCUUGUGAGGGUGAGGGAUGUGAAGGUGCAGAGGGCGGUCAUGAUUUUCGCGUUAGUGGUUUCUUAUUGGGCGGUGACGAAGGUGGUGUUCUUGGAUAAUUGGAAGACAGGGUACGGGAUUAAUAUGUAUUGGCCUUCGAGUUGGCAGUGAGAUCGAGGGCAGCAGUGCCGAAGCAAGAUAGGCCGCAGAAUAAGUUCAGAUUAGUUGGUAAUUUGAUGAGUGCUUGUUUUUUGCUCAGAACGUUUAUGAGACCAGAUAGUUACAUUUUGAAUGUGAUCUCGUGCUAUUUUCUGUAAUGCGAUACUCAGUUUUGUUGUUGAAUAUGUUGAUCUAAGUUCUUGCCCUUGUGAUGAAUUUCAUAAUGCAGUGGUACUGUGUUUUUCUGUU